CACAUUGACGAAGAGAAUGUGUUCAAGGCAUAUCCAGAUGAGAACGACGUUCGGCAUACCCUGUGGUUUCAUGGGAUCAUGAAAUUGCCGAUCGACAACAUCCCAAGGGGCCCCUUUCCGCUUUCUUUUCCCUUCUCCCGAAAUGGCCUGCUUCCCUUUGGGUCCCAUCCCCCAGACGGUGUCGUUGAAGAUUGGCGCCCGUUUUCCGAGUCGCACUACCUAAUCACGCGGGCUCAACCGAACAGCCACACGGGAGCUCUACAAAUCUUCAGGCAAGGGGUAGAAGGCCCCACCAAAAAAAAGAAAAGCUUGAGUGCUGUAUAUGCGCUAAAGCACGCAUCACCCCUCACCCCCCGAUACAUUUCUCUUUUCCGACCGAUGGUGGCGAGCGAGGGUGCACCUGGCCUUGCCGCUGAAGUCUGGACACUCUGUGAAUACUCAUUCAAUGCGCGGUAUACCGACCUCCAACUGAUUUUGCUGCUUAUAUUACGGGAACCAUUAUACACAUGCCCUAUCAUGAGUCAAAGUGGAGGCAUCAUGAACUGCAUCAGGUAGUUGGCUGCCUUUAGCUCUGUUAGAAUAGACAGUCAAGCGAAUAUGAGCGCUGCUGGUGACGCAGUACUGUAAACUAUGUUGACUCGUGAAUUAUUCUCUCAUCAGCGGCGAGAACGGCCAAUCGAGAGCCUUGGAUUUCCAUUCAGGCGUACUUGGAAAACGAACUUCAUUGUCCUUGAACUCUCCCCCAAUAAUCAUUUCCCCCUCAAGCCGUAUGAUACAAAUACCCUUGUCAUGACAAUCCCCCCAUGUAAAAUAUAGGAGGGCUCACUGGAUUCGUCAAGCUGUGUUGAGGUG